AUGGGAGAAGUGGAAGAAAAGGCGCACUCCAAGAAGAGAUCCGCGGACGCCGUCGAGGCGUCUGAGAACGACGGCUACAAGGAGAAGUUUGCAGAACUCAACCUGUCACCUCCAACGAUGAAGGCCAUCGACAAGAUGGGCUUCACCACGAUGACACAGGUGCAGUCCCGUACCAUCCCACCACUGCUUGCUGGUCGGGACGUGCUGGGUGCCGCCAAGACCGGGUCAGGCAAGACGCUGGCUUUCUUGUUACCCGCGAUCGAAAUGCUGCACUCGCUGAAAUUCAAGCCCAGAAACGGGACAGGCGUCAUUGUAAUCACGCCAACGCGUGAGCUGGCGCUCCAGAUCUUCGGCGUCGCCAAGACCCUGAUGGAGUUCCACUCGCAGACGUUUGGCAUCGUGAUCGGUGGUGCCAACCGCCGCCAAGAGGCCGACAAGCUUGCGAAGGGCGUUAACCUGCUCAUCGCGACGCCCGGUCGUCUGUUGGACCACUUGCAAAACACCAAGGACUUUGUUUUCAAGAACCUGAAGGCGCUGGUGAUCGACGAGGCGGACCGUAUCCUGGAAAUCGGUUUCGAGGACGAGAUGCGCCAAAUUGUCAAAAUCUUGCCUAGCGAGGAGCGUCAGACCAUGCUGUUUUCCGCAACACAGACCACCAAGGUUGAGGACCUUGCGCGUAUCUCUUUAAGACCAGGACCUCUGUUCAUCAAUGUCGACUCGGAAAAGCAGACCUCCACGGCAGACGGUCUCGAGCAAGGAUACGUUGUCUGUGACAGCGACAAGCGUUUUCUGCUGCUAUUCUCUUUCCUGAAGCGCAAUCAGAAGAAGAAGAUCAUUGUGUUUCUGUCAUCAUGUAACUCGGUCCGGUACUACGCAGAACUGCUCAAUUACAUCGACCUGCCUGUGCUCGAGCUCCACGGCAAGCAAAAGCAGCAGAAAAGAACUAACACGUUCUUUGAGUUUUGCAACGCUGAAAGAGGAACUUUGGUUUGUACCGAUGUUGCUGCUAGAGGCCUGGAUAUCCCAGCUGUGGACUGGAUUAUCCAAUUUGACCCUCCAGAUGACCCAAGAGACUACAUUCACAGAGUGGGUAGAACCGCCAGAGGCUCCAAAGGUAAGGGAAAAUCUCUGAUGUUUUUGACUCCCAACGAGCUCGGGUUUUUAAGAUACCUGAAGGCCGCCAAGGUGCCGCUCAACGAAUACGAAUUCCCCUCUAACAAAAUUGCGAAUGUGCAGUCUCAACUUGAGAAGUUGAUAAAGUCCAACUAUCAUCUCCAUCAAAUAGCUAAGGAUGGUUAUAGAUCAUACCUACAGGCAUACUCAUCUCACUCUUUGAAAACUGUGUAUCAGAUCGACAAAUUGGAUCUCGCGAAGGUGGCCAAAUCCUACGGCUUCCCCAUUCCACCAAAAGUGAACAUCACUAUCGGGGCUUCAGGAAAAACACCACCAAGCAAGAAGAGGAAGCCUUCCAGAAACUAA